UAAAUAUUUACAUUCCACCACAUACCUACAUCUUGCAAAAAAGUAUUUCACGCAUAAACUUUGCUCGGUGCUGUGAAAUCUGUGAAACAUUCUGAACUGAAAGCAUUCCCUCGGUGAAAGCAUUAUGUCUUGGUUUCAAGACCUGGCUGGCAAAGCAGAAAAUAUACUUACGAAAAUAGAUCAGAAUGCUGCAACUGUGCUCCAAACCCGAUCACAAUCUGAUGAUGUGGAAGGUGCUCCAUUGCUGGAGGUCAGUGUGAUGACAAACGAAGUUCCUUCGCAGCAAAUAAUCAAACCGAGGGUUGUCGCAAAAAGUUCACUGCUCAACAAAAAGUUGCCCAGAGGUAUUAUACGUUCCGCUUCUAAUGCGUCGUAUGAAAAAAGUCAAGAACUGGAAGCAGAAACACAAUCAGUAACAUCCGAGAAACACAACAUCUCGGGAUCAUCUUCCAGGCGCAGUUCACUGAACUCAAAGAAGGAUGGAACAGUCAUUGAUAUGAGUGAGCUGGUGGUUAAGAAUUCAACCUACACUGAACGUGAACCGGACUGUUCCAUAGAAAAGGAACUGGCAGCGAUUAAAAUAGUUCUCGCUGAAAUAAAGGCCGAACGGGAUGAAUUGAAAAAUGAGCUUGAUACUGCACUAUCACAACAAUUGAACAAUGGAGAAACGGAAAGCAAACUACUAGAGCUUGAGGUGCUGUAUCAGAAUUUAUCGGAAGAAAAAAACAUUCUAGCAGGAAAGCUGCUCAGCAUUGAGGAGGCAAAUAGUAAAUACGUCAAAUCCAUUUCCGAGCUGGAAUCAACGAUCGCGAAGCAUAUACAGUGCGAGCAGGAAUUAAAUGGGAAGUUGGACACGGCAAAACUGGAGACAGAAAAUGCUCUAUCCGAAUUGCAACAAUAUCGUGUCCGUGCACAUGCGACGUUACAGCUGAAAGAGAAAACUAUUGAACAGCUAAAGGAACAAAUGAACAGUGGUGGCGCUGAUGGUAACGUAAGCUCAAAUGAUGCUAAAGUUAGCAAUACGGAACAGAUAUUGCAGAUUGAGCUAGAGCAAACAAGGCAGGAGAAGGCAAAUCUUUUGGAGGAACUUAACAAUCUUAACGAUCGCAUGAAGCAACGUGAAACACAAUGGAUGAGCAACGAGGAAAAGUUAAGGGUAACUGUACAAGGAUUGGAGCAAAAUGUACAACGUUUUCAGCAACAAGUUUCAUUCGAGACAGAUAAAUAUAAAUUGCUAGAAGACGAUUUCAAAACAAAACAAAAAGAAUUAGUAUCCGCCCGAGAGGAGCUAAUCAAGCAACGCACAAGCUUCACAUUACGGCUACAUGAAAAGGAGUCGGAGAACAACAAGCUUCGGAACAAAAUUCACACCCGACCAGUUAGUCCACUAAAUGAUCACGAGGAUCGAUUAGCAUCACUGACACAAUCCCUGGUUCAAAAACAAACGGCAUUAGAAACGGUGACAGCCGAAAGAAAUGCUCUUCGAAUACAGCUGGAAAAAUUGGAGAACCAGUACCGCAACACGGCGUCCCAAGUGAGGCAACAGCGUGCAGUUUAUUUAAACAGCAAUGUGACUGAUGAUGCCAAAUCACAAGUCCCGAACUUCAUGCUAGAAACACCGUUUGAUAAUAAUGUAGCGCGAAGAAUGAAGCGGGCAUAUUCUUCCCUCGAUUCCAUUGGCAUACGAUUGGGAGUAUUUUUGCGACGUUACCCAUUGAUUCGUAUACUCGUGAUAGUUUAUGUCGCCGUUCUGCAUCUGUGGGUAAUGUUCGUGCUUUUGUCUUCUACGCCUGCAUAGGGUUAUUAUUGAAUGUUACCUUGGUAUUUUAAGAUUAAAAAUGUAAUAUAUUGAUAUUGAAAUUCCACCCGCAA